GGUCUGUGAACUAACCAAAAAUGUAGGCAUAUUGUUUUUAUCCAUUUUUUUCGUUCAUGGAACGACCCAUAAAACCCGAUCCAUCAGAUUGCUGCCAAUCGGAUUGUAAUCCGUGCAUUUUGGACGUCUACGAACAUCAACUUAAAAAGUACGAGAAGGCUUUAAAAUCGACACGCGAUAGCAGUGUCAAUUGCCUUUCUCAGACUUCAUAUUCGAUUUUUCGGUUAACGAGCGUAGAAAAGCAUACCAAAGACACAUUUUUUUAUACUUUUGCGUUUGUAAAACCUGAGAAGACGGAAACACUAAUCCACAAAGAAGCACCGUGUGUUCUUUACCACCCGAGCCAAUACUUUAUGCUUAAAGCUACUGUCGAGGGCGAAUCACUGUCCAGAGCAUAUACUCCAAUAAAUGUGGGGGAUCAAAAGAACCAGGAAUUUACAGUCUUAAUAAAACUGUACGAAAAUGGCAAAAUGUCAAAAUACUUGAAGGAUUUAGAUGUUGGGAAAAAUACACUUUGGAGGGGCCCCUAUGGGGACUACGUAAUAAGUUACCACGAGAAGUAUAUGCUGUUUAUAGCCCAAGGUACUGGCAUUGCUCCCAUUUACACCAUCAUAUGCGAUCUGUUACAAAAUGAAGAGUGUUUCACAUUUUUAAAGUUAUUUUUUUGUUGCGACCACUAUAACGUCUUAUUACGUGACGAACUGUAUGCACUGAGUCAUUUUUGGAAUUUCACUUACCAGUUGUUUGUAAAUAACGUGAGUUUGGAGGUAAAAUAUAACGAAACUGUAUAUUCCAGAAAAUUAGAAUCAAAAGAUUUAGAGACAUAUUUUGAUGGCAACGGUAAAAACGUGAAAGUUUUGAUAUGUGGCAGUGUGAAUUUCAGUGAACACAUCAAGACUUACCUUAGGCAAUGCGGUGUUGAGCAGGAAAACAUUUUUACUUUUUAAAAUAAAUUAUGCUAUAAUAGUAAUAGCCUUUUACUUUUUCAAAAUACCGAACAUAUUUUAAGGUAACCUUAAAAACUAAAAUUAUCAUUAAACUCCCGGGAAAAUCGUAA